AUGUUCGCAAAACAUGUUGAGGGUCAUUCCGGUGAGAAGAGCUUGAUUGUGGAAGAUAUUGAUUGGGAAGAGAUGGAGAAGGAGAAAGAAGAAAAGAGGGAAGAAGAGGUUUUGAUCAGUGAAGGACUUAUCUUAGUUGCAGAGACUGCUUUGCUCGACCUCUUAGUAUUCGUAAGGUUUUGCUACCAUGAAUGGAUAUUGAACUCAAUAAUUCAGAGAAGCAUUAGGAAAGCAAUGGCAGCUAUAGUAGCGACCCGGUUUCUUUUUCUUGUCGGAGAUACUCUAACCCUAAAAAAGCUCCCAAAGUUUUCUAGACCUGCUUCUUUUCACAAGAGUGCCUACGUAUUGAGCGCUGCAAAUGCUCCAUUAACUCUAAAAAGCCUUGGAUUCAAGAACGACACCGAAACAACAACAACAACAACAAAGUUCAAGAAAGAUAACAUCAGACAAACAGUUUCCACUCCAGAACUCAUCCAAGGUCAACUCAAAGAAGUCAAAACAAAUCGAGUCAAAGUCAAACCGAAAGCCGUAGCUACAGAGAACCCUCUUGUAAUCGAAUCAGCCCCGUUUUCUGCAAAAUCAUUCUCUGAACUCGGUCUUCCUCCAUUGUUAAUUGAAGCAUUAAACAGAGAAGGUUUUGAAGUCCCAACCGAUGUCCAGUCAGCAUCCAUCCCAACAAUCUUAAACAACCAUGAUGUUGUAAUUCAAUCCUACACAGGUUCAGGAAAAACAUUGGCCUAUGUUCUUCCAAUACUUUCAGAAGUGGGCCCACUUGGAAACAACCACAACAACAAAGAAGCUAAAAGGAAACCUGAUAUCGAAGCCGUGAUUGUAGCGCCUUCAAGAGAACUCGGAAUGCAAAUCGUGAGAGAAAUCGAGAAAUUGUUAGGACCUGAAAAUAAAAGAUUUGUCCAACAACUUGUUGGAGGGGCAAAUCGGUCACGACAGGAGGAAUCUUUAAAAAAAAACAAACCCCUAAUUGUAGUGGGAACACCCGGAAGAAUCGCAGAAAUCAGUGCUUCCGGAAAGCUCCAUACCCAUGGUUGUCGUUACCUAAUCUUAGAUGAAAUCGAUCAACUUUUAUCUUUCAAUUUCCGAGAAGAUAUGCAUCGUAUAAUCGAACACGUCGGAAAGAAAGCCAAUUCCGAUUACGAUUCCGAUACUUCCAAUUCCAAUUCCGUCCCGGUCGACGCCGGAACCGGAAUCAAGAAACGGGUCGAGAGACAAACGAUCAUGGUAUCCGCAACUGUACCAUUCGCGGUAAUACGCGCCGCCAGGAGUUGGGGGCGGGAUCCGAUUCUUGCACAGGCCGAUAAAGUCGGCCCGCUUGAAUCGGUCUCCCGUCCACCCGGCCCGGUGAACCUGGCGGCGGGACCAGGUCCCGCUGCCAGCAAUGCGGUUUCCGGUAGCCUUCCGCCGUCCUUGAAACACUACUACUGUGUUUCAAGGCUGCAACAUAAAGUGGAUACUUUGAGAAGAUGUGUGCAUGCUUUAGAUGCAAAAACAGUUAUAGUUUUUAUGAAUCAUACUCGCCAAUUAAAAGAUGCGGUUUUUAAGUUACAGGCUCGUGGGUUGGUGGCUGAAGAGUUACAUGGUGAUUUGGGGAAGCUUACAAGAUCGACAAUCUUGAAGAAAUUUAAGAAAGGGGAAAUUAGGGUUUUGGUGACAAAUGAGUUGUCUGCUAGAGGUUUGGAUGUGGCGGAUUGUGAUCUUGUGGUCAAUGUUGACUUGCCUACUGACUCGGUUCAUUAUGCACAUCGAGCUGGGAGAACCGGUCGACUCGGUCGGAAGGGUUCGGUGGUUACUAUUUGUGAGGAGUCGGAGGUUUUUGUGGUUAGGAAGCUUCAGAAGCAACUUGGGGUGACUAUUCAGUCUUGUGAGUUUGCUGAGGGUAAACUUGUGAUUGAGGAAGAAAAGUGAAGAACUUUGUGUUUAUUGAUAAUUAUGAAAUGUUGGUAAUAUUGAUUUUAGUUUUA